AUGGAGGGUCUUAUCCCGUUAGUUUACAGAGCCGUCAUGCAAAUCCGUUACGGUGAAGAGUCGCAACUUUCUUCUUCUUCUUACUACGUUCGUCUUCCGGGCGACUCGGGACGGAUGGGAAGAUCCGACUUCGAAGAAUCGUGUCUCGGAUCUUCUUCCAAUACGGCGUCGUCAAAGACCACGACCACCACGUUUGUUGUUUCCACUGGAGUUCAGUCACCAGUUAAUCGUCGGGUCAUGACGUGA